UUACGCAAAUCACCAAUUGGCGACUUUAAUCCUAUUUAAUCUCUGGUUUUUUGGCAGAUCAUCAAUCGGUGACUUCAAGAAGCAAACUAGAUAAUCGUCAAUAAAUUCAGGCGAGCAAAAGCCAACCGCUGCCGCCGCUCUUCCCAUUUGUGCCUCCAUGUAUUAAGCUUCUUUAUCCACCAAUCACACACCACCAACCUCCAUAACUGUUACCCUAGACAAAUAUUAAGAUAUUUAAUAUUUGAUCUAUAAAAAUAAAAAUAAAAAAGAAGAAAGAAUUUUCAGACUGCAAUCCAGAAGAGAAGAUGAUGGAGUUGGUCGUCGUCUUCAUCGUGGCUUUGAUAUCCAUCCCAACUUCACUUUCCGUACCCUUCAUAGUCCUCCAUGGCAUUGGAGAUCAGUGCUCUAAUAAAGGAGUUAAACAGUUUACCGAGCAACUGAGCAACUUUUCUGGUACUGAAGGAUAUUGCAUAGAAGUUGGGGAUGGAACGUGGGAUUCCUGGUUUUUACCCCUUGACGAACAGACCAGAAUCGUUUGUGAUAAGGUUAAAGAAAAGGAAGAACUGAGACAAGGUUACAACAUUGUUGGUCUCUCCCAGGGCAAUUUGAUAGGCCGAGGUGUGGUAGAAUUUUGCGUCGAUGGACCGCCUGUCAAGAACUUUAUCUCUUUAGGAGGACCUCAUGCGGGUACUGCUUCUGUGCCUCUCUGCGGUUCUGGUAUAUUUUGCAUCAUUGUGAAUAAGCUACUCAAAUCAGAGAUCUACACUGACUAUAUUCAAGAACACUUGGCUCCCAGCGGUUAUCUUAAAUUACCAAAUGCAAUGUCUGAUUAUUUAGGGAAAUGCAAGUUUCUUCCGAAGCUCAACAACGAACUCCCUGGUGAGAAAAACUCGACCUACAAGGAAAGGUUUAGUAGCUUACAGAACCUGGUGCUUAUCAUGUUUGAGCAUGACACUGUUUUGAUACCGAAGGAGACCGCGUGGUUUGGAUAUUACGAAGAUGAUAGCUUCAAAUCAAUUUUAAGUCCACAACAGACCGAUCUGUUUACUGAGGACUGGAUCGGUUUAAGAAACUUGGAUGAAGCUGGGAGGGUCAAGUACAUUAGCGUUGCAGGAGGUCAUCUCGGAAUCUCCACCAGCGACAUGAAGAAGCACGUGGUGCCCUACUUGCAAGAUUCAGCGUCGACGAUGGAUGGAAACAAGAAAGCUAGUUAUACCAGGGCAAUAAUGCCUGAUUUUGAUGAGAGAGCAUCAACUGAAGAUGUACCGGAAGGGUCGCUGUCGUACAGGUGGCCCUUACCAGUCAAGAAUUUGUUCAGUGAACUUCUUGGACUCACAGAGGACAAGUCACUCCCUCGGCCUUGAUGAACCUUAAUUACGAAGUAACUCAAACUACUAAAUCAAGAAUUACACUGGGGUUUGUGGGUGGGGAUGAUUUAUUUGUACAAUAAUUGCAAUUUAUUCCAUGCCUAUGUGACUGAAACCCUGCUAAUAUGUGGUUUAAGUUAUUCUGUACAAAAUUAUGCAAAGGACAGAUCUUGGUAAAUAAAAUUGCGUUCGGCAUAAA